AUGAAUUGGCUGUUUCUGGUCUCCCUGUUUUUCUUUUGCGGCGUGUCCACACAUCCUGCCCUGGCAAUGUCCACCGACAGACUGCUAAAACUGGCAAAUAAGUCCUCCAAGAAAAUCAUACCUUUGAAAGACUCAAGUUUCGAAACCAUCCUGGCGCCACCUCACGAAAAUGCCUAUGUAGUCGCUCUGUUCACCGCCACAGCGCCCGAAGUUGGCUGCACUCUGUGUCUGGAACUGGAGUCCGAAUACGACACCAUAGUGGCCUCCUGGUUUGAUGAUCAUCCAGACGCCAAAUCCGCCAAUUCUGACACAUCUAUCUUUUUCGCAAAGGUCAAUUUGGAGGACCCUUCCAAGGCCAUUCCAAAGGCGUUCCAGUUUUUCCAACUGAAUAACGUCCCUAGACUGUUCAUCUUCCAGCCGAACUCCCCCUCUAUUCUCGACUACAAAAUAAUCAAUGUCUCCACCGAUGCUGGCCCAGAAAGAAUGAAGCAGAUAAUACAGGCUAUCAAGCAGCUCUCGCAGGUCAGCGACUUUUCUUUGCACCUGCCCAUGGACUGGACUCCCAUCAUCACCUCCACAGUAAUCACUUUCAUCACCGUGUUACUUUUCAAAAAGCAGUCCAAACUCAUGUUCUCCAUCAUCUGCUCUAGGAUCGUCUGGGCAACCUUGUCGACUUUCUUCAUUGUCUGCAUGAUCAGUGCCUACAUGUUCAACCAGAUCAGAAAUACCCAACUCGCAGGCGUCGGUCCCAAGGGCGAAGUCAUGUAUUUCUUGCCCAAUGAAUUCCAGCACCAAUUCGCCAUCGAAACGCAAGUCAUGGUUCUUAUCUACGGAACAUUGGCCGCGUUGGUGGUCGCAUUGGUCAAAGGUAUACCAUUCUUGCGCUCUCACCUGUAUCCAGACGCUAAGAAAUCGUAUUUCGUCGAUGCUGUCUUGGCCUCUCUCUGCGCUUUGUUCAUCUACGUCUUCUUUGCUGCUUUGACCACCGUCUUCUCAAUAAAGAGCCCCGCUUAUCCCUUUCCUCUAUUAAGACUGUCGGCACCAUUUAAGUAA